AUGGAUCCAUUACCUCAUGUUAUCAUCUUCCCUUUCCCUGCACAAGGCCAUGUCAACUCUAUGCUUAAAUUGGCCCACCUUCUUUCUCUUUCUAACUUCGACGUUACCUUUCUUGUCACUGUUGACACACAUGACCGCCUCCUCAACCACACAGAUGUGCUCUCCAGAUUUGGUACUGGAUUCCAUUUGCAAGCUCUUCCCCAUGGAAUUUCCAUGGAUGGAGUGAAUACUCGUGAUGGAAUAUCAAUGCUCUAUUAUUCUCUAAACACAAUUGCUAAACCAUUUCUUAGAGAAUUCAUACCAAAUUCUUCGGUGACAUGUCUCAUCGUCGACGGAAUCUUAAGCAUGGCCGCUGAUGUAGCCGAAGAAAUCAACUUGCCUAUUAUCUAUUUCCGUACCGUCAGUGCCUCUUCUUUCUGGUCCUACUUUUGCAUCCCUGAGCUAAUUCAAGCUGGAGAACUUCCCCUCAAAGAAAAUGCAAAGGACUUGACACUGACGAAGGUAAAAGGCAUGGAAGAUUUUCUGAGAGGUCGAGACCUUCCAAGCUUUUGUCAGGCGAGUGACUUAACUAACCCGGAUUUCAGGAUUGUAAUGACAGAUACACGACAAACCCCUCGAGCGCGAGGUCUCAUACUUAACACAUUUGAAGAUCUUGAAGGCCCCAUACUUUCUCAAAUUCGAAUGGUAUGUCUAAAUGUUUAUACAAUUGGAGCAGUUCAUGCCCAUCUAAAGGCUAAACUUGCAACAAAAUCUACCUCUUCAAACAGUUUGUGGCAAGAAGAUGAAAGUUGCAUGUCUUGGCUUGACACGCAGCCACCAAAAUCUGUGAUAUAUGUUAGUUUUGGAAGUGUCGCGGGGUUGACAAAGGAGGAGCUGUUAGAAUUUUGGUAUGGUCUAGUGAAUAGUGAGCAAAAGUUCUUGUGGGUGAUGAGGCCAGACUUGAUAAUAGGACAUGAGAGAAAAGAUGAGAUUCUUGUGGAGUUGGAGCAGGGUACAAAGGCAAGGGGCUACAUGGCUGAUUGGGUUCCACAUGAAAAGGUGUUGGCACAUAGAGCAAUUGGGGGUUUCUUAACUCACUCUGGGUGGAAUUCCACAUUGGAGAGUAUAGUUGAAGGAGUGCCGAUGAUUUGCUGGCCGAGAUUUGCUGAUCAGCAAGUGAAUAGUAGAUUCGUUGGAGAGGUUUGGAAGAUGGGACUUGACAUAAAAGAUACAUGUGAUAGAGACAUCAUUGCAAUAUCAAUUAGAGCUUUGAUGGAGAAGAGAAAUGGUGAAUUCUCGCAAAGAACAGAGCACAUGGCAAGUUUGGCAAAAAAAGCUGUCAAUGAAGGUGGAUCGUCAUACAUUAAUCUGGACCGUCUUAUACAGGACAUAAGAUCUAUGAUUCCACCGCAUAAGCAUACCUGAUUCAGCUGAAACUUGAUUUUGUUAGCUGCAAUUAUAUUGUUGCCUAGAAAUUGCAGAUUUAUUCUGCCCAUUCUGAAUAAUUCUAGCAACAAAUGUAGCUUCACUUUUACAAUUAGCUCUGCAGCAAUAAAUAUACCAAACUUUUACGAAUGUGGAGUAAUAGAUAAGAAAGUCUAAAUUUUUAUUGUCAAA